UGAAAAAGUCAUGCUUUGAAUAGCUUAUAUGCUAUAGUUCAAUAUUGUUAUCAUGUAAAUAUUCAGGUAGUUAAGAAUUUCCGAUGCUGUGGCUCACUAGGAAAGAACUUGUUGCCCCUCAUGUAAGGCAUUCUCUAAGAGGCACACCUUUUAACUCUAAUCCGAGACCAUUGGUACUGAACUUUUCCUGUUUUAUGAACUUAAACCUCCUCCUAGGAUGACUUUGGUAGUGCCUUAACGGUGGAAUUCUUGUAUUUCCCCCUUUUCUGUAUGUGUCCCUGAGGCCUCCUUCCUGAGGAAUAACACUUCUCACUCUUCUGAGUGAUUCUCUGUGACCCUUUGGUGACACACCUUUUGUUCUGAGUGGCUCAAAAUCCAACUUACUGCCUUUGAAACUGUGUCCAAAUCCUCCAUCUUCUUGGUGACUCAGAUCUCUUCCUUCUCUGUGUGACACUGAACACUGCUCUAUUUGCAUUUUCGCAAAGAGCUUCUGAGUUUAGCUCAUAGAUGAAUGUGACAGUCCACAUGAUUUCUGAAGAGGACAGAUUAGCCUGAAAUAGCCAGGGAGUGUUCACUAAACCCAGGGAGGGUUCACUAAACUUUGCUCUAUGAUAGACUAAAUUGGGCUGAGGCAAGAGACAGGUACAGAGAAGCAGCAGGUAGCAGUGAUUCACAGAGAGAAGUUUCACAUCAGCAAGAGAUUGUUCAUCAACAGAAGGAGCGAAGAUCAGGUCCUCCUACUUGCUGACAUGCUGGGAUGCACCGAGUGGGGCUUUCUGGUUCUGACUGCCAGUGAGUUCGUCCUGGGAAUGCUGGGCAAUGGCUUCAUAGGGCUAGUCAAUGGCAGCAGCUGGUUCAAGAGCAAGAGAAUCUCUUUGUCCGACUUCAUCAUCACUAACCUGGCUCUCUCUAGGACUGUUCUGCUGGGGACUCUCUUGGUUGAUGGUGUUUUAAUGGUGUUCUCGUCCAAACUACAUGAUGAAGGGAUAGUAAUGCAGAUGAUUGAUAUUUUCUGGACGUUUACAAACCAUCUGAGCAUUUGGCUUUCCACGUGUCUCAGUGUCUUCUACUGCCUGAAAGUCGCCAGUUUCUCCCACCCUGCAUUCCUCUGGCUCAAGUGGAGAGUUUCCAGGGUGGUCGUGUGGAUGCUGAUGAGUACCCUGCUCCUAGCAUGUGGCAGCACCGUGUCUCUGGUCCAUGAAUUUAAGAUCUAUUCUGUUCUCAGUGGAAUUGAUGGAACAGGAAAUAUGACUGAGCAGGUUUUAAAGAAGAGAAACGAAUACAAACUGAUCCAUGUUUUGGGGACUCUGUGGAACCUCCUUCCCCUAACUGUGUCUCUAGCCUCCUACUUUCUGCUCAUCUGCUCCCUGGGAAGGCAUACACGGCAGAUGCAGCGGAACUGUACCGGCUCCAGGGAUCCAAGUACCGAGGCCCACUAUAGGGCCAUCAAAGUCAUCCUCUCCUUCCUCUUUCUCUUCCUACUUUACUUUCUUUCCUUUUUAAUUUUAUCAUCUAGUUAUUUCCUACCAGCAACUAAAAUGAUUAAGAUGAUUGGAGAAGUGAUUACAAUGUUAUAUCCUGCUGGCCACUCAUAUAUUCUCAUUCUGGGAAACAGCAAGCUGAAGCAGACGUUUAUGGAGAUGCUCUGGUGUGGGCAUGGUGAUCUGAAGCCUGGAUCCAAGGGCUCUUUUUCUCCAUAGCUUGGCAGAGGGCACAGGAGGGAUCCCAGGGGUCCUUCGACCUGGUUCAAGAUUACAGGGCUCUUCCUGACCCCCCCCGUGGCACCUGUUGUGUGACAUCAAUAGGAGAGACACUACUGUGUCACCCUGUCCCACCUGGGGCCGCUUCUCGUAGCCUCUCUUUGUAUGGUCAUUUUGAAGAAGGUGAAAUAGUCUUUGGAAAAUGUCAGUAUGGUAAAACCCUCCCUAUGUAGACAUGGAGUUGUAUUUUAAUAGCUAUCAGCUCAACCUAAUGAGCCGAGGACUAGCUUUAACUUGAAGUUUAUACUAACAGCGAUCAGGUGAUGUAAAUAAAACAGUGUGGCGAACAUGAGGGAAAGAGCAAAAGCGUUGCAGUCCCACAGACUUGGGUUUGAAUUCUGAUUGUGUCCAUUUUCUAGACUUUUUGGCCUUAGGUGAGUUCCUUUAAUUACCCAUUUGAUCCUCUCUUCCCCCAUUUUAAGAUGCAGACUGUGAUACUGACCUCACAGGGUCUGAGAGAUUCAUGAGACGAUGGAUGUCAACAUUUCGGGACAGUGUAAGUGCUCAGUGGGUAAAGCUGUUACUGUAACUGACAGUGGAUUUUGCAGCAACAGCAACCCCCACAAGACACAAGUUUCCACCAACCCGUUGUGUCAUGACAAAAGCAGUGGAGUGAAAAUCAAGGCCCUUGGAUACUAGGCUCCAGUCCAGUCUGGUGGUGAAGUUAUUUUGCUUUAAUUUCAGGCAGUAAUCCUUUGCAUUCCUUUAUUAUUUUGCUAAGGUAAAUCUUCAAGUAAUUUUUUAUUUUUUAGAUUGGACAAAAGUCUAAGAAGUUUUUUAAAUUAACCAAGAUACGUAUCUGUAAAAUUUCAUAGUUUUAUUAAAAAAUAAGCAGUUUUUAUAAGUGUAACCACUUUUAUUUUAAUAAAAUUGUGUGGACUUUGAUUUCGCUCCUGUCACUGAACAGUGCUGACAAGUUAGGAUAUUAUGGCUUGAGACCUCAAACUUGUAGACAUAUUUAGGGCACAUGACAGUUCUGAAUCUGGACUUCUGUCGCUAAUGGGCUCUCAGGUAUAAAGUUUUGUGGCUAUGAAUGUGUCCUGGGUUCACAUCCUGACCCUGAACUGGGUGACCUUGGGGAACUUUCUUAACGUCUAUUUCACUUUCCUCAUUUAUAAAAUGGGACUAGUAAUAGUAUUUUUGGGAUAGAGUGGU